AUGUCCAUGGGUGAGAUACGGCAGAAGAUGCAGCCUGCCUCGGAGCACCUUGCCAAGCCCUUGCCUGCCUCUGAAAGGUUAGCCAGGUCGCAACGUCAGCAGGCUCGCGUCACAGGGCUAGUGUACACCCCCGAAACAGCACCCUCGCAUUAUCUUGUGGACUUGUUUAAUGAUCAACUUGAGCUGGGGGUCAUCAGCUGGGUGGCUCCCGAGAAGUGUGCAUCGCGUGCUGAGGAAAUGCAGCAGAGCAAGAAAGAUCGAGCUUUGCAGCUCACCCUGGAUGGACAGGUGAAGGUGCAGGCGAAAACGAGUGAAGUCAGGUGCAUAGCCAACACUGACUCAAAACUUCGUGCAGCCUGGCAGAGGAGAUCGCUUGCUAUGGACAUGGCAGGGCUCGCAACUUUCAUAGUGGUUGAGAAGUGGGUUCACCACUUGUUUUCCAUCUUUGCAAGGGAAGUCCCGGAUGGGUAUUCACCGAUUCAGCUAAAGCAAUUGGUGAGUGCAGAUAAGAGGCUCUUCAUGUUGGCUGCCGAGUCCUUGCCUGCAGAUCUCCGGGCCGCUCGAGCCGGAGAGGAGACACCGCUUGAUCGCCAAAUUGGGCAGCUUAUGUACUCUCCAGAGAUUUCCCAGUACCUGGUUCCCCUUCCCAAGCCAAUAGUGGUUCAGCCUCCAAGCCGUGCUCCGACUGCGGAGCCCGGUGGAGCCCCGCUGGCUUUAGAGCUUUUCUCGGGGCGCGGCCGAUUGUCCCAGCAGCUUCGGCGUGUAGGCCAGCCUUUGUGCAUCUUGGACUCCCUUCAGACACCUGCAACUCGCAUUCUCGGUCCGCCCGGGCUAUGCGAUCAACUGUUCAUCCCUUCGGAUGCCCUGACCUCGACCGAUCCCACGAUUGCCAGACAGUGGGGCAAGUUGAGCUCGGUCUGGUUGCAGAGGCGGUCCAGUGCCGAAAUUGCUGAGGAUGCCUCCUAUCCUCUUGACCUUUGUGUCAAAAUGACAACUGAGCUUCUCAGCUUCAUGCGAGCUUCGGGCCAACCACUUCCUGCAUCGACUAGACUGCACGAUCACUCUUUGGCCUCCCUUGGAGUCCAAACUCGCCGGUUCAGGCCUUUGAUCCCGGAAUAUCGCGAGGUGAUCAAACUCCCCAACGACUCUGCGUUGCCUCAGGGGGCUAAGGUCCUUUCUUCUAGCCAGCUGCAGGGGGUGAGUGUGGCUAGUUCCAAUCCCGAUGUGUCAGGUGCCAGUUCCAUGCCAUCCAGGGGUGCCAGUUCAGAGCCAUCCAAGGAUGCCAGUCCAGUGCCACCCAAGGGUGCCAGUUCAGUGCCAUCCAAGGGUGCCAGUUCAGUGCCAUCCAAGGGAGCCAGUUCAGUGCCAUCCGAGGUGCCAGCAGGUGAGGUGCCGUCAGGUGAGAUAUCCCAGCAGGGCGAGGUACCUUCAGAUGAGAUCGUAGCUGUGGGCUUGUGGCAUUCCCCCUCUGAGUUCUUUGCAAAGGCGUGUUCGUUGGCUCAUCCCAUGGAUACCACAAAACCCGUGGCGAUGGUGACCAAGGCAGCUAUAGACUCCUUCUUGAAUAAAGAUGUAGCCUGGCUUGCCAAACAGAGAAAGGAGUUUCUCGACCAUCUUGAGAAAAGGAUAGAGCAGCUGAAGCCUCAGGAGGAAGCCCUGCAUGCUUCCAUGCCGGACUACAUGCAAGGGGUUUUGAAGGAGAAAAACCUUCUUGUAUGGGAGGAAGUCCUCAGGGAGACCUCUUAUCCUGACCUAGAUUGCAUCCGGUUCAUGAAGGAGGGUGUUAGACUUGUAGGCUGCGAGAAGCAUCCAGAGAGCUUCCUAAAGAAGGUGGUCCCCGCAACUUUGUUGGUUGAGGAGCUCCGUGCUACUGCAAAACAUCGCAGGGAGAGCCUGGCCACCCUAGACCGUGGGAACCUUUCGGAAACCGAUGCUAAACUCUUAGCAGAAGCAACCAAUGAAGAAGUCGAGGCUGGUUUCUUGAAGAAGGGUAUGAGUGCGAAAGAGGUCAGCGAUUUCUUUGGGCAUGACAACUGGGGCGUGGUGCGCCGUUUCGUCCUCGUCCAGGAUGGGGGGCGAAAGGUUCGCCCCAUCGACGAUUGUCUGGAGGCUCAGUUGAACGCUGCUUUUUCUGCCACCAUUGCCUUGCAACUUCAUGACUCCGACUACAUAGCUUCCCUUGCUCUCUUCAUUGCCGAACGUCUUCAGGGCUCCAAGGUGAGUGCACGUGUUCGAUGGCUUGGCAAGUGCUUGGACUUGUCUAAGGCUUACAAGCAAAUGGCAGUCCACCCAAGGGGCAGGGACCUGUGUGUCAUUAUGGUCCAGGCCCCAAAGGGUGAGCCGACCUACCACAUUUGCAACUCCUUGAUGUUCGGGGCAUCAGCCUCGGUCUUUGCUUUCGUGAGGGUUAGCAGGACACUAUGGUGGAUCAUGAACCGCUGCCUGGGCAUCCCAGGGGGAUUCUUCUUUGAUGAUUAUCCAAUAUUUACACCUGAAGCCGCUGCCGAAUCCGUGGAUCACGACAUUUCUCGACUGCUUGACUUGUUGGGAUGGAAGCAUGCUAAAUCUGGGGCACCUUCCUUUGAUGUUUUGGGGAUGAACCUAGAUCUGGGGUCCAUCCUAGAGGGAAGAAUUGUGUUGGCCAACAAGACAGGGCGUGCAGAAAAGAUCCUGGAGAAGGUGGCACUUGCUUCUGCUGGAAACGGCAGCUUCAG